GUCUGCACAGAUGCGCACGUGUGCGCCACUGUUGCCGCGUCAUCGUCAGUCCGAAAAACGUUUCGAGUAAUUCGGUGCGCCCCUCGCUAAUCAAGCAGAUUCGGUGGGAAAUUGGCACGUGUUCGAGUGUUUGCCCGACGGUUUGAGAGUGAUAUGAGAUAAUUAUUAUGGUUGUAAAUUACGCGAAGUUUUACGUUGCGGGUUUGUUGAUAAUGAUUGCAGAUGUGUUAAGUUUGAAAAAUGUAAAACUAACUAUCGAACCGCAAAUCGUGCAAUAUCUCAGCCAUUCGACACUUCGAUGUUUCUACGACUUGGAAGACGAUAUUUUGUAUUCGGUCAAAUGGUACAGAGGGCUGCAUGAAUUUUACAGAUACACUCCGAGGGAACAUCCCAGCACGAAAGUUUUCCCAUUCGAAGGCAUAACGGUCGAUGAAAGUAACUCAAAUUCUACCCAGGUAGUACUUAGAAGUAUAGAAUUCAACUUAUCAGGAAACUUCAGCUGUGAGAUUACAACUGAUUUGCCUCAUAUGGUUACGGGAAUUGAUACACAAUGGAUGAUAGUAAUACAACUUCCCGAAUUUUCUCCACAAAUCAGCGUUGGAAGGAAUGUAUUGGAUAGCGGAGAUGUUCUCCGUGCCAAUUGCUCAAGUCCACCAUCUAGACCGCCAGUUACUCUUCAGUUUAAAUUAAACGAUUUAAUGGUUGCCCAGAAUGAUCCCUUUCCAUUCAGAAAAACACAAGAAAAAUCAUGGAGUGACCUAUCCCUGGACCUACUCCUGAGUGACAUUCAUUUUGAUAAUGGAAGAUUGGUACUGAGGUGUAUAGCGGUACUACCUGAUAUCUAUUACGAUGAAGUUGAACUAGAACUAGAAAGUGCCCGAAAUCCCGUACCACAAAGAGUUAGGGGACUAAGCGGAGUUAGGAAACCUACCACUCCAACAAUGCUACCGUACAUCCUGCUUUGUUAUAUUUUGUUAAGGAUGUCAUUCCUGUGUUAGUUUCAUUGGCUAAUUUGUAAGUUUUAGUUGUUAAGAAUAUUUUCAGUUUUAUUUUGCUCCACAGUCGAUAAACGCAAUAAUUCCGUAAUUUUUUUAUUUUAAAUUUAUUAUUCUAUUUUAUUAAAACAUCAAAGUAUACAGGGUGUAGCAAGCUGAGCGUGCAUUAGAAGUUUCAAUGAACUACAAUAUCUAGGUUGGAGAUUUUUUGCACAUCAUUGUUUCAUAACGAGAUCACACAAGAAAAUUAUAAUAAAUCGAAAAAAAUUAUGAC